AUGGAUGCUGGAGUGUUUUGCCCUUCCAAUGAGGUUUGGAGAAUUGGGGUCGUCGAAGUGCCGCCUUUCAUUGUCGCUGAUGGGGCUUAUCCGUUGCGGAAAUGGCUUAUGAAGCUGUACGGGGAUAAACUGCAAAACCAGAUCAUAAUCUUUAUGUUAGGAGGCCCAGGUUGUGGCAAGGGAGUCCAGAGCUCCCGGAUGUCCGUCAAGUACAAUUUCUACCACAUCGCCGUUGGAGAUCUGCUGCGGGAGGAAGGCAGUAGGGUUACCGGCAAGGGCAAGGCCAUCCGGGACAUCAUGCUGAAAGGGGCGCUGGUGCCCUCGGGCUUCAUCGUAGAGCUGCUGGUCAACAACAUGCUAAAAGCCGAAAACGCCCGUGGCUUCGUUGUCGAGGGCUUCCCCCGGGAAAUCAACCAGGCCAAGCUGUUUGAGGAAGUCGUGGGCCGUUCGCCCAACAUUGUUAUAGUGUUUGACUGCUCUACAGAGACAAUGAUCCAGCGAUUGCUGAUCCGAAGCCAGAUGGGCGAACGGGUGGACGACCACGAGGGGAUCAUCAAGCAGCGGCUUGAAACCCACUACACGCUGUGUGAGCCGGUCCUCAGCUACUACCUCCAGAAGAGCCUACUUCGGAACAUCCUUGGAGAGGAGCCCCCGGAAAUAGUCUUUACCAAGUGCUGCAGCGUUGUUGAUGAUGUGAUAAAGGCAGCUGCUGCGACUGCAUAGCUAUUUAGUUCU